CAGGUUUAUUCAUUAAUCAUUCCGUGGAUUUCAAAGUUUUGUUUACAUACUUUCGCGCUUCUGAAUUGUGAUGGCACCAUCUGAAAAUAGUGGAAGUGGGUGUAAACCAGGUCCUGCGAGUUCAGGACUUGUUAGAGGACCGACAGUUGAGGACAACUUCGAUGACGAAGGGCCUGUUAUCCAUCGGAACCUCUAUACGGAGGAAGUGAUAACACAGUGGAAUUUGGCGAGGGUCAUAAAAAAAUUGGGCACUAAUGAGCAAUGUGUGGCAUUCGCUGAGGAACAAGGUCUAGUACUUUCUGAAAAACAAUGUAGUAAACAUCGCAUUCCAAUGAAAAUUAUGAAAUCAUCAAAUAAAUCAUUUGGUUCAUGGUGUUGUUAUAAACGUACUUGUAAAAUGAAAUCAUCAAGAGUUUCGAGAAAUAAAGGAACUUUUUUUGAAAAUGCAAAAAUAGAUUUAGUACAUGUGUUUUACUUAUUAUAUGCAUACUCACGAAAAUGGAAUUAUAAUACUGUAGUUCAUGAAGAUCCAUACAAAGAAGUUAGACAACAGUGCUUAAGCAAAGUCACCAUAAGUGAUUGGUAUAAACACUGCAGGGACACCAUUGCUGUCUAUCAAAGAGAUAAAAAUGAAGGAAAUAUUCAUGUCCCAGAGAAGAUUGUCCAGAUUUUCGAAUCAAAAUUUGGCAAAAGAAAAUACACUCGAGAUCAUAUUUUUGCAUAUCUGUGGAGAAAAAACAAUAUUAAAUAUAAAAAAGACGCCUUCAUGGAGCUCAUUAAAGCAAUAAGACAUGUUUACAAGUUAAAAUAAAUGCAUUAUCAAAAUAA